AUGCGGCGCGCGAGGCGGCCCUUCGCCAGGCCCUACUUUGGCGGGCGAGGGAAGCAAGAGAAGGCGGCUGGGGGAAAGUCUGCGGAGGCGAGGCGAGCGGCCAGGCCCUCCUUUUCUCCUCCUCCUCCUCCUUCGCCACCCUUCUCCUUCCUCCUGACGUCAGGGCCGCCCGCCAGCAGGGGCUGCUGCUGCUGCUGCCGCUGCUCCCCGCCUCUCAUUGUCAGGAGGAGCCCCAGCACUGCAGCCCUGCGAGCGGGCCGGAUCCAAGCGGGCCGCCGCGCAUCGCGGAGUGGGGGGCCCCGGGGGUCUCCGCUGCCGCAGCCUGAGGCGACGAAACCCCGGGCUGCAGCUGCGGCAACUGCAAUUGCUGCUGGUUGGUGGCGCGGCUGCUCCCGUCGCCUUCGCCGCUCCUCCAGAAAGUCCUUGGCGGACUUGGAUCCUUCGAUUCCCGGCUAA